CUCUCUCUCUCGGGUUCUCUUUUUCUAACGGUUCCCAACUGGUUGCUGCAGCAAAAUGGAGCAAGAAGAAGUAGCAGAGCCGGAGCCAAAGUCCUUGUAUACGCGUUUUAAUUCAUUUUUUAAAGAUUUAAAGAAGCAACAAGCUCUAUAGUACGUAGUGUCACCGCAUUUGCAUGUACCCUUUUCUAAAGCAAGUUCAAGGUCCUCACAGAACUUCGCUUUCCUAUUACUCUAACCUGAUAGAUCACUGCUUUUCGCUGAAGUCCUUAAAUUUCGCCAAAACUAUUCAUGCACAGUUGGUAAAAGUUGGGUUUGAUAGCCAUACUUUUCUGGGUAAUCGCAGUCUCGACCUAUACUCUCAGUUCGGUGCCGUUAGUGAUGUAUUGAAAGUGUUUGAUGGAAUUUCUGACAAGAAUGAUGUAUCUUGGAAUAUUUGCUUGAAGUGCUUGUUUAGGCAUGGACAAGUUGAAAGAGCAGGUCGUUUGUUUGAUGAAAUGCCUGCAAGAGAUGUUGUUAGUUGGAACACGAUGAUUUCGGGUUAUUUUUCGCAUGGGCUGGUUCAUAAUGCGUUGGGGACCUUAAUGAAGAUGCAAAAUGCUGGUGUGAGACCAAGUGGGUUCACAUUGUCGAUUCUAUUGUCUUUUGUGUCCUGUGCUCUACAUGGUAAGCAGAUUCAUGGUUGCCUGAUUCGUAAUGGUCAGAUUUUAUUGAAUGUGGUGCUUGUAAACUCAUUAAUUGAUAUGUAUGGAAAGCUCGGUCUUCUUGAUUAUGCUUUUGGUGUGUUUUUGACAAUGGAGGAGUUAGAUAUAAUCUCUUGGAACUCUUUGAUAAUGGGUUGUCAUAGGUCUGGGUACGGAGAAUUAGCACUAGAUCAGUUCUAUUUGAUGAGAACCACAGAGUAUUUGCCCGAUCAGUAUACUUUAUCCACUGUCAUCAGUGUCUGUUCGAACUUGAAAGAUUUGGAAAAGGGUAAGCAGAUUUUCUCUCUUUGCAUCAAGGUGGGAUUUAAUUCUAAUAGCAUUGUAGCAAGUGCUGUUAUUGAUCUGUUUUCUAAAUGCAAUCGAUUGGGGGAUUCAGUCCAGUUGUUUGAAGAACUAGAUCAGUGGGAUUUAGCAGUUAGUAAUUCCAUGAUUUCAAGCUAUGCAGCACAUGGUUGUGCGGAGGAUGCUUUGCAACUCUUUGUGUGGAGCUUGAGGGAGAAUUUCAGGCCUACUGAGUUCACACUCAGCAGUGUUCUAAGUACUAUUUGUACACUCCCACCAGCAGAGCAGGGUAGUCAAAUUCAUGCUUUGGUUGUUAAAUCGGGUUUUGAGUCAGAUCCAGUUGUUGCUAAUUCACUCAUGGAAAUGUAUGCUAAAUUUGGGUCAAUUAAUUAUGCCAUGAAGAUCUUUGCUGAUUUGGGUGUACGGGAUUUGAUAUCCUGGAACACCAUGAUUUUGGGUUUGACUAACAAUGGUAGAGUAUAUGAGACCCUUGACAUUUUUAAGGAACUAGUCCGAGAAGGUCCCCCACCAGAUCGAAUAACUCUGGCUGGAGUCCUACUGGCUUGCAAUUAUGGUAGUUUUGUUGAUGAAGGGGUGAUUAUUUUCUCAUUGAUGGAGAAGGAAUAUGGAAUUCUACCCCGGGAUGAGCAUUAUGCUUGCAUAGUGGAAUUGUUGAGUCGAGCUGGUAAGUUUAAAGAAGCAAUUGACAUUAUACAUACAAUGCCUUACGAACCUGGUUCCGUCAUAUGGGGAUCAAUUCUUUAUGCUAGUGUGAUUCAUGGAGACUUAAAACUCACCGAAAGCGUUGCGGAGAGGAUAAUGGAAUUGGAACCGCAAUCAUCUCUACCUUACAUGGUAUUGGCUCGUGCAUACGAGAUGAGGGGCAGAUGGGAGAGCAUGGCUCGAGUAAUAAAGUCCAUGAAACAAAAGGUUAUCAAGAAGGUCUCUGGAUGCAGUUGGAUUGGAAUAAAAAACCUCAUAUAUACAUUUGAGGAAGACCAAUUGCUGCAUCAUGGAGGCAAAGACAUUUAUUUGGUGUUGAGAUUAUUGAUAUUUGAGAUGGAGGAUAAAGGUUAUUUCAAUCCAUAUUUUGAAAAAGUGGGUGCUAAGAAGUGGACAGGUUCAUAUUAACUGAUAUCGAUGCUGAUAUGUAUUUUGGGUUUGUUAUAUCUUGGCAUCUCCAUAUUGUGGUAUACCAGGUUUUAAAAGAUCAAUAUGUUCAGCUAGCAUUGUGCAAA